ACCUAACUUGCCUCUGCCAGACAACAUACCAACUUUCAGGCAGGCCGUAGGUGCAGCCUACUUCCCCCAGUUUCGUCACUUCGACCGCUUCUUUCUUGGCGACCCAAAACCACCUGAAGCCCAAUUCCGAUCUCCCCAUUUCUCGCCUCCGCGCUCCCGCAUCCGAUGGAGGUCCCCAGUGGGAGCCUCUUCCUGCUAUGCUUUCUUCUCCUAUUCGCCACCUUGCCCGAUCCGGCGGCGGCCGUCCGGAUCCCGGACUCCGGCCGCCGGCAACCGAGCCAGCCCCUAAGGGUCGCCGUCUUCGCCCUUGGGAGCUUCUGGCGCUCCGAGGCCGUCUUCGGAUGCCUCCCUGGCGUUGUCCGGACCUCGGUCGGUUAUGCUGGCGGGUCCAAGACCAACCCGGAGUACCGAAACCUUGGAGACCACGCCGAGUGCGUACAGGUUGAAUAUGAUCCCAAACUGAUUCAAUUCAAGCAGCUUUUGGAUGUCUUUUGGGCUAGUCAUGAUCCUAGGCAGGUUUUCGGCCAAGGACCAGAUGUAGGUAACCAGUAUAGAUCAAUUAUCUUCACAAAUGGAACCCUAGAGGCUAGGUUAGCUGCUGCAAGCAAAGAAAGGGAACAGACCAAGAGUAGGAGCAGUAUUGUGACUACACAAAUCCAACAACUAGGAACAUUCUAUCCUGCUGAAUCUGAACACCAGAAAUUUGAGUUGAAGCAUAAUCCUUUUCUCCUGCAAUUGACUGGAGAUAUGCCGGAAGAGGAACUUUUGACAUCAAGCCUAGCUGCAAAGCUGAAUGGCUAUGCUGCUGAGCUUUGCCAUUCAGGAAUCCAAAAGAAGAUCGUUGCGAAGAUUAAUGAGAUACGAAAAAAUGGUUGGCCCAUCUUAAGGGAGGUUUAGAUGUGUGGUAGCAAGGGAGCUUUAGUGUGAUGAAGGUUAUUGCGUUACAAUCUAAAAUAUUGCAGCAAACAGCCAUUAGCUUGAUGGAGGGUGAGCAUCAGAAUUGAGGUGUUAGGUAUAUUGUUUAUUUGUAAUAUAUAUAUAUAUAUUUUUUUUUCCUGUGGUGAACCAUCCUCAAGAUUUAAAUUGAUCUAGUGCCGGCUAGGUCAGAUGGGAGAUAACCAUGCAUCAAUAAAAGUCCAGAGCCCUGGCAUGCUUUGCCACAAAA